AUGCGCAUGUACGGUGCGGCCGCGGGGCAAAACGAGGGCGUUCCAGACACGCGACCGUUUUAUACAGUGUCCAAGAGUAGGCCUGGAUGUCUGGGGCUCCAGCUGUGUCCCCAGCCCCCAGGUCCUGGAUUGAGGGGUGAGCUCCCAGAUGAAAGCCCCCCAUCACUGGUGGAAGCAGCCCACACGGGGGCUGCCGUUGCUGGCUGCUGGCGGUUGCCAGAGAAGAGCCCCUGCUUUGACUGUCCAGGGGACGUGGUGGUCAGGGCCAGCUUCUCCAUCGUCCACCUGUACAAUGUCACCCUGUUUGAUUUCACUGCUCCACCAGCUGGCUUGGAGUCUUCAAGCAACUGCACAGGUGAGGCAGAGAUUCUCCCCUGUCUUGUCCACCGCCAACCCUUGGCGCUUAGAGCAGUGCCAGGCACAGCUCCUGCUCCUCACCCCUCCCCAUUGCCCUGGCCUCUUCCCGCACAGGUCAGUCCCUCCUCCACACUGGCCAGCCUCAGCGACAAGACCCAGUUCCCAUCCUUCCUUUGGACCCUGCUCAAUCACCUCACGACCACCCACGCAGUGGUGCAGCUGGUGCUUCACUUCCGAUGGUCUUGGGUGGGCGUCCUGGCGCAGGGGGAUGACUUUGAGCUGCAGAACAGCUCUCUGGUCGUCCAGGAGCUGGGCCAGGCUGGGGUCUGUAUCGAGUUCCAACUCCACAUCCCCACCCGGGCGUCCCUGAAGAUGAAAAACAUCAUCCGGCAGAUGGAGAGCUGUACGGCCACCAUCAUCCUGGUCUUCCUUAACAGCUAGCACUUCCGACUCAUCCUGCAGUGCCUGGCAGGCUGACGCAUCCUGGGCCAGGUCUGUGUCAGCUGGGACACUCUGCACAUGGCGCUGGCCCUGACCGUGCCAGUGCCUUCUGGGUCCUGCAGGGCUCAUUCAGUCUCCUGCUUUGCAACAGCCAGCCCCCCGACUUCCCUACGCCCUGCCAGGACCCCAGAAAUGUUCAUAUGGAGAUUCUGGGAGGUCACCUUCAAGUGCACAUGGCCCCAUAGGAGCUGGGGGCCAGCAGGGAAAAGCACAGCAGCUGUGGGAGUCCAGUUCUGCUCAGGAAAUGAGAGUCUGAGGGUUGACCACUACCCUUUCCAGAAGGAGAGUAAAGUACACAUCACCUACACAGCGUUCUACACCAUUGCCCAGGCCCUGCAGGCUCUGGCAGGCUGCAAGCAUGGGGACCAGGGGUGUGCUGAUGCCUGGGACUUCCAUCCCUGGCUGCUGCUUCAUCCUCUCAGGAACGUGCAUUUCAAGACCCCCGAUGGGACAGAGAUCAUGUUUGAUGCCAGCGGAGAUUUGAUUACAGAAUUUGACGUUGUCCAUGGACAGAAGACCACUGAGGGCCAAUUCCACUUUGUCUACAUAGGCAUAAUCAACCCGCGAGCCCCUCUGGGAGACAGAAUCACAGUGCAUUUGACGAAGGAGGACCUCUGUACGAAGAGAUGUCUUCUGUGCCCAGAGAAGCAGCACUCGAGCUGCACCAGAGAUGGCUGCCUGCCCAGGAUAGAGACCUUCCUGGCCUUUGACGACCCCCUGGGACUCACGCUGGCCAGCCUGGCAGUGCUAGUCCUCAGACUGUUCCUGAAGCACCGAGACACACCUGUGGUCAGGGCCAACAACAGAGCUCUCAGCUACAUGCUGCUCAUCUCCUGUGCCCUCUGUCCCUUGCCCUUCCUUGGUUGUCCCACAGCUGCCACCUGCCUCCUCUACCAGACCACAAUUGCUGUUGUGUCCACCAGCAAGACCCUCACUGUGGUCUUGGCCUUCAGGGUCACCAAGCCAGGGGACAGGGUCUGGGUGUGCCUGGGACCUGGCGCUUCCACCUCAGUGGUCCUUGCUGCUUCCUUGUUGCAGGUUGUUCUCUGUGGCAUCUGGCUGGGCACUUCCCCACCACUCCCAGACGGGGACAUGGCCUCAGAGCCCAGCCACAUUGUCAUCCAGUGCUGAGAGGGCUCUGCUGUCGCUUUGUCCUGUGUGCUGGGCUACCUGGGCCUCCUGGCUGGGGCCACCUUCUUUGUGGCCUUCCUGGCCAGGGGUCUGCCAGACGCCUUCAACGAGUCCAAGUUCCUCACCUUCAGCAUGCUGCUUUUCUGCAGCUUCUGGACAACCUUCCUGCCCCUGUACCACGGCACACAGGGCAAGUCCACUGUGGCCGUGGAGAUCUUUUCCAUCCUGGCUUCCAUGGCAGGGCUGCUGGGUAGCAUCUGUCCCAAGUGCUACAUCAUCCUGCUAAAGCCCGAGCGGAAUGCCCCAGACUGGGUGAGGCAAGGACACCGGGAUCGGUGGGAAAGGUGGAGCCAGGAGCUCCUCAGACCUGCGCCAUAAACCCACGUGAGCCAGGCCUUGUUGAAGAUAUCAGGGCCCCUGAUUUGAGCUCUGGGCUUCUGUGUGGAUUAAAAGAGAAUUAAAGGAUGGGCAUGGUGGCUCACGACUGUAAUCCUACCACUUCGGGAGGCCGAGAUGGGUAGAUCACUUGAGGUCAGGAGUUCAAGACCAGCCUGGCCAACAUGGUGAAACCCUGUCUCUACUCAAAAUACAAAAAUUAGCCAGGUGUGGUGGUGUGCACCUGUAAUCCCAGCUACUUGGGAGGCUGAGGCAGGAGAAUCACUUGAACCUGGGUGGCAGAGGUUGCAGUGAGCCAAGAUCAUGCCAUUGCACUCCAGCCUGGGUGACAGAGCAAGACUCCGUCUCAAAAAAAAAGAAUAAAUAAAAUUCAACAAUAAGAAAACAACCAAUUUCAACCACUUUUUUUUAAAGCCAAGCAAAACAUUUGAACACAGUUCACCAAAAAAGAUAUGCAAAUGG